AUGAAGUUCACUCUCAUCUCCUCCGCCCUUUUCCUGGCCACUGCUGCCAUGGCCGACGGCGGUUUGGCCGACGCCGCUUCCGACGUUGAGAACGUAUACUCCACCGUCGCCAACGGCGCCACAGGUGUCGGUGGUGACAUCGCCUCCAAGGUCACCUCCCUCGGCGAUGCAGUCAGCACCGGUGGUGCCGGAGCCGUCUCCUCCAUCCGCAGCGAUGCCUCAUCUCUCGGUUCCUCUGCUGCCAGCGAGGCCAGCUCCCUGGCCUCGUCUAUCACUAGCCGCGUUGCCACCGAGGUCUCUGCCCAGACUACCCUGACCAACUCCGAUGGCUCGGCCACCGCUACCCAGUCUACCACCAGCACUUUCACCACCACCGGUUCUGCUUCCGCCUCCCCUACUGGUAACGGCGCUUUCGCUCGUCCCACAGCUGUCGGUGCCGCUGCUGCUGGUAUGGCUGGUCUCCUCGGAGUCAUGGUUGCCCUGUAA